CGGAGGCGCCCUAGAAACCCCGCGCGGUGAGGACGAGCGGCGGGAGCAGCUCUUGGCGCCGGAGGGCCGAACUCCCACAAUGCACCUUGUAUCAACACGGCACUGGUGGCGGCUUCGAGGAGGGGCAGGGAGCGCCCAGGGGACCGGCACGCAGCCCGAGGGUUAUCAGGCGGGGCCCGGGUGUUGAGGGGCGACUGGCAGCCAUGGCGGAGUCGGAGCCUACUCGGCACAGGAGGAAACGCCGCUCCACACCUUUGACUCCUUCCAUGUUGCCCCCACAAGAGACAGAGAAAAGCUCCUAUUUGCAAACCACAGAGAUCUCACUGUGGACCGUGGUGGCCGCCCUUCAGGCCGUGGAGAAGAAGGUGGAUGCCCAGGCCGCCCGGAUACAGAGCCUGGAAGGGCGGACGGGCACCGCCGAGAAGAAGCUGGUGGACUGCGAGAAGACGGCCGUGGAGUUCGGGAACCAGCUGGAGGGCAAGUGGGCCGUGCUGGGGACCCUGCUGCAGGAGUACGGGCUGCUGCAGAGGCGGCUGGAGAACAUGGAGAACCUGCUGAGAAACAGGAACUUCUGGGUGCUGAGGCUGCCUCCGGACAGCAAGGGGGAGGCCCCCAAGGUGCCCAGGUCACUUGAAAACGAUGGAGGGUGCUUUUCGGAGCAGGAGUGGGAGAAUCUGGAGGACUGGCAGAAGGAGCUUUACAGAAAUGUGAUGAAGAGCAACUACGAGGCCCUGGUCUCUCUGAAGGUUCUUGGCCCGCCAGAAGAAGAAGCGGAGUUGGGUACAGGGAUGCUGGGUGACUUGGAGGAGGAAGGCCCUGGUGAUGUCCACCCAGCAGAAGGGGUUAUGAUCAAGCAGGAGAUACAGUAUACUCAGGAAGGCUCUGCGGAUCUUCCUGGAGAAUUCUCAGGCAUUGCAGAAGAGCACGCUUUCCUGAGCCCAGAACAUACUGAACUCUGGGGUGGUCAGGGUAGUUCUGUCUUCUUGGAUCCAGGCCCUGGAGACACUAAUCUGGAGGAUCCCAUCGAGGGCAGUAGAGACUCUGGCAGUGGCGGCACUCUGGGCUGCCCCCCGAAGCAGGAGCCUAGUAGGCAGGUACAGCUGGAACAGCAGUGUGGCCAGGGCGUAAAGCUGAAAAGGGAUGCUUCUGGCCCUUACGAAUGCUCCGAGUGCGAGGUCAGCUUCCGCUAUAAGCAGCAGCUAGCCGCGCAUCUGCACACCCACUCGGAGCCGGGCAUGGCCUCGGAGCCAGAGGAGAGCCUUAGACCCAGGCCGCGACUUAAGCCCCAGUCCAAGAGGGCAAAGCUGCAUCAGUGUGACGUGUGCAUGCGGAGCUUCAGCUGCAGGGUGAGCCUGGUGAUCCACCAGCGCUGCCACCUGCAGGACGGGCCCAGUGCUGGCCACUCUGUCCAGGAGAGGUUCUCGCCCAACAGCCUGGUUGCCCUGCCCGGCCACAUCCCUUGGAGGAAAAGCCGGAGUUCCCUCCUCUGUGGUUACUGUGGCAAGAGCUUCAGCCACCCAUCUGAUCUGGUGCGGCACCAGCGCAUCCACACGGGCGAGCGGCCCUACAGCUGCUCAGAGUGUGAGAAGAGCUUUGUCCAGAAGCAGCACCUUCUGCAGCACCAGAAGAUCCACCAGCGGGAGCGGGGCGGGCUGACUCUGCAGCCGGGAAGGCCCAACGGCCUGCUUUAAGGGUGCCGGCCCCUCGUCUGUCUGGGGGGCGAAGGGGCUGGCAUCGGUCCCCCUGAAGAGACACUGUGCAGAGUCAGGGACUGACUUCUUCCUGAGGGGAGUCGCGUUGAUUUGCCUUCCCUUGGCCAAGCACCAGGCCGAGCCCAGACACUGUGCUGAAAACUGUGGAGGAGGAGGAGUCGGGGGCCGCGCCUCUCCCUGCCGUCUCUACCCUGCUGUGGAGCUUGCUGUCUCGGGCACCUUCACGUCUCUGGUUUUCUCAUUCGGGCUGAUACUCGUGGGCUGGGGUUGGCCCUCUGACCCUGCAGGGACCGGUGGCUGCUUCUAGGGCCUGUCCCAGCAUCUCAGGUCUUCCCGGGAGGUUGGGUCAGGUCAGUGGAGCGAGCAGGUGGGCAAAAGUGUUCUGGGAAGCAUAUAACCCUCUCUUUCCUCUUCUUUUGUAGUCUCUUUGUUAAUAACAAGUAGAGGACAUAAUUUAAAUGACUGCUUACCCUGUUCUGAAGAAACUUUUUUGGAAUUAGAUUUUAGUUGAUUUAAAAAAAAAAAUACAGUCUGACCUUGUUUUCUAAAUUUCCAGCAUUGUAGAGGUUGUUCCUAACAUGGGGACUGGGCCUACCCUCUAGGAGGGAUUUGUUUAUGGGGCUCUUCUAGCCCACCCACACUUAGUUAGGCCAGAGAUCAGGGGGCAGAGUGCUGGGCUCCCUGUCAUGGGGGUCCUUGGCAGUCUCACAAGGGGCUACCUGAAGCCAGAGGAGCCAGAGGAGGAGAGCGGUAGGAGUAGACCCCCAAAGCCCCUGCUGAGAACAGAGUCCCUCAUGGAGCCAAGAGCUCACUGCUUGGGAAUCCCGGUCUCUCACCGUAAUCUUCCUCUUCCCACUGGUCCUCGCUGGGUUCUGCAGCCGCCCAGGGUAGAAGACUACUUCGUUCCUUAUGGUUGUCUGACUCGUUCCGGUGGGUGUUGGAGUUUGUUCUUACUACACCAGUUGUUGAGAUUGUGCAGAUUACACAUGUUCCAAAUUAGUUCUGGGAUUGACUGUUCCAGAGACGGUGGAGAAAAAGCGCAGAAAUGCUUAUUUCUCAGGAGUGUUGAAUGCUUGCCUCACUGUUGUCUGGGGAGAUGGGAGUGGGCUUCUGGGUCCUAUGUGAGUGUCCCCUUUGAUGAUUUGCAGUUGCCUAGAAUAAAACUUGC